GUAGACUGCCACCUCCCCGCAUAGGGCCGACAAUAUGGUCCAUCACUGUCUGUCCCCAUGGGUUCAACCAUCAUCCUGCAGACCGUCGGCCUUCUGCCGCGUAAAACAGAUAAAGACUGCUUCGAAGCUCUCGAAGACCCCGCGUUAACUCGUUUGUUUGCAUUCUCUUUGCAGAAACCUCGAUCGAAGCUGUCCUCAACACCACCAUGACCACCACAGCCCAGAUUCUGUCACACGCCGAAAGUGUCAAGGUCUUCGGCCGGGCUGCCUACCUCCGCCAUGUCGAUCCCGAAAUCAGGAUCUACUACGUCGAGUCUUUCCCGUCCGACAGGCAGAAGAAGACCAAGGGCACCAUCCUUCUGGUCCACGGGUUCCCGCAGACGUCGUUCCAAUUCCGCCACGUAAUGGCCCCUUUGGCCGAAGCCGGGUACCAUGUCAUCGCCCCUGAUCUUCUCGGACACGGCUUCAGCAGCAAGCCCAUUGGGAACAUCAACCAACAAGAUCCGUUCACGGCGAGGUCUCUCGCCAAGGACCUCCAUCAGCUCGUGACCGAGCAUAUCGGCGUGAAAGAGAAGAUCCACCUCGUGGGCUACGACAUCGGCGGCAUCGUCACGCACCCUUACGCGUGCCAGUUCCCCGAGAGCGUGGCCAGCGUGACGUGGGGCGAGAACCUCCUGCCGGGGUCCAAGUUCUACGACAUGUACAAGCACACGCGGAAGAUGUGGCAUUUCGACUUUCACAGCCACAACACGGAACUUGCCGUCGCGCUGGUGUCGGGCAAGGAGAGGCUCUAUGUCAAGUACUUCUUCGACCGGCAGAUGCAGAACCAGACCGUCUUCCCCCCGGAGGUCGUCGACUUCUACGCCCAGCAGUACGCCGCGCCGGACUCGCUGCGGUGCGCGUUCCUGGUGUACCGCGCGUUCGAGGCCGACGCGGCCGACAACUUGAAGUGGCGACGAGAGUCCGGCAAGGUCAAAAUAAGGAACAUGAUGUUGUCCGGUGAAAGGAGUUUCCACGCGGACGAGGCCGUGGAGAUGGCCAGGGAAUUCUACGAGGAUGUCCAAAUAGGCACGGUGCCCGAGGCGGGACAUUACCUUGCCGAGGAGAACCCCAAGGGCUUCGUUGAUGAGCUGUUGAAGUUUAUCGAGUCUUGAGCGAGCUUCACGAAUUUGUGGGAUGUUAUUUGAGGGUGGUUGGGUAGCGAGGGGAAGAAGUCAGAUGUCGUAGAGCAUGGAAUCUGUGACGCUUGAGCCGACACGGAACAGUUUCGUCCACGGGACAAAGCGGCAGCUGGAUUGAAUUCUCAAUCUAUCUAUUCUGACUCUUAAGAGUCUUUUGUUGUCUGUGUACAGUCCUUACCAAGUCCGAUAACGAUCUAGUAUACGACCCAGG